AUGGCCCUGGUUGCGGCACCCGAGGACGUCAAGCGCAGCACCGGGCGAGGAACAGAGUGGGUAAUGAUAGAUCCAGACAAGGCCGAUCGCCUUCGACAUGACGGAGACACCUACAUCCCAGGCGCCGGCACGCGCUGGAGCCACGUGCACAGAACGAAGGAAGCCAAGUCGAAUCCUCAGGCUGGCACCUCUGUGGCUGCAGCGGAGGAGGAUGACGAGGAAGAGCUACCUUGGCAGGUGGUUGGCAUCAACGGCCUCGACAUGCUGCAGAAGCUGAAGAGAUACUUCGCCUUCUACAAGCACGAGGUUCAAAAUGCCAUCGAGGGCCGGAAUCUGCCGCCUCUGCCAAUGGGUGGUAUGGGCCUGCAAACGUCUCCACCAGAAGGCAAAGACCUCCCACAAGCGGCUCUGGCGAUGGAAGACGGCCCGGAUGGAUGUGCAGAAGGAGUGGCCUCGGUUUCAGAAGCACAGGCCGAGCUUCAGAAAGCCAGGGCUGCCAAGGACCAUUGGGCUCUAGCGGCCUUGUUGCUGCGUGUCGCUGCGUGCCUGCGCUGGAGCCGGGACUUCGAAGCCGCAGAGAAGGCUGUCCGUGGCGCACUUGACUUGUUCCCUCGCUAUGCGGCUGCCCUCGAUGAACUUGGAAGACUUCAACUUGAUAUGGGCCUUUAUGCGCAGUCACUGCGCACCUUCGAAACGCUCCUACGAGUGGACCGAACAUGGUCCACUGUGAGCGACUGGCUAGUGCGCACUGCCACUUUGGUUCGUCGAGCUGAUGCCACAGCGCCCAGUGAGAAGCCAGCGGUUCUUUCCGGCCGCACGAAGCUUUGUGUGGCCUGGCGCCAGACAGGCGCUUGCUCUCCGACUGGCCCGUUGGAGCCAGGAUCAGACAAGCCCUGCACAGAGAUGAUUGCGAGAGGUGCCUCUGGCUUCUGCCAGUGUGAAGGCCUGGGUGCUCCAGGUGCACAUGGCAGCGCUGCCGAGAGUGGAUGCGCCCACGAGCCCUUCACCUGCGCCCAGAAGUGUAUCGAGCGACAGCAGGCGGAGUCCGGCGAGGGCCCGCGGCUGUCCCCCGAAGCGGCCACCCUGGCGACCGAGGUCGGGAAGCGCCCUCACGCCGAGCCGUGCUCCCUCCUACGCGGCGAAGGUGCCUUGCCUGACUGGUGUCAUCCGAACCACUACCAAGUCCUGGGCGUGCGCUGUGAUUUUCCAGGGCCACCUCCAGGGCAGGAGGAUAACUACGAGAGUGAUGAGCUCAAGCGGGCCUACAAGCGCAGAAGUCUGCAGUUUCAUCCCGACAAGCGCGGAGGCUCCGCAGUGGCCUUCCAGCGCGUGGCUGACGCCUACAAGGUCUUGUUGGAUCCCGAACAGCGCAGAAUCUUCGACGAAGGCGCCGACUUCCCUCGGACCGUCCAAAGCGACGGCGCAGAAGGCGCUACCCACAAGCAGGAGGUUGAAAAGAAAUACUUCCCAGAGAGGUUUGAUUUCGAGCCCUUCGGCGAUCCCCACUCGGACCGGCGAGAGUCGGCUGCCCGGAAGCAGCGUUUGCUCGAGCGCCGACGGCAGGAAGCUUUGGCUCGUGAGGCCCACAAUAGCAACAUGCAGGGCAAGAGCGAGCUGUGA